AUGGCGGACACGGAGAUCCCCGUCAUCUCGCUGGACGACCCGAGCCAGGGCCAGAAGCUGGCUGACGCCUUCGCCCGCUUCGGGUGCUGCUACCUCACGGGCCACGGCAUCUCGGACGCGCUCUCGAAGCGCAUGAUGCAGAGCGCCGAGUCGUUCUGCGCGCUGCCCGACGAGACCAAGGCUGCGAUCCCAGUGGUGCAGGACAAGGGCUUCACGCGCGGGUACAUUGGCGUGGGCAAGGAGAGCGGCAGCGCCGAGCGCGUGGAGGUCAAGGAGGCCUUUUCCUACGGCUACGAGUGGCCCGAGGGCAAGACGGAGCCCUUCGCGAAUGGCCUGCAGGGCCCCAACGUCUGGCCCAAGGCCGAGGACUGGCCCGUGAGUAACCGCCAGGUGCUCAACGAGUUCUUCCAGAAGAUGGCGAUGGCCUCGCGCGCGGUGGCCCGCAGUUUGUCCAAGAGUUUGUAUGGAGAUGCCAAGUUCUUCGACGACUACUGCCACGAAGGAGAGACCAUCUCGCUCAUGCGCAUGUUCCACUACUUCCCGUACGAGCGGUACGCCCGCUUGACCGGCGGCCAAGGCCGUCUGCCCGACAACUUCCAGGAGUUCAUCGGCUCGAGUCCGCACACGGACUGGGGCUUCCUCACGCUCAUCAUGCAGGACCCCGUCGGAGGACUGCAGGUCUUCCACGACGACAAGUGGGUGGACGUGCCCUACGUGCCCGGCACGCUCGUAGCGAACGCCGGAGACUAUUUGUCGCUAGUCACGGCCGGUAAAUGCUUGUCCCCUGUGCACCGCGUGGUUGCGGACAAGCGUGAACGCUACUCGCUUGUCUUCUUCUACUACCCGGACUUUGACGCUGUGAUCCCGUCAGUGAGCGACGUCAAGGAUCUUCGCAUCGGUGGUGACGCCCGUAGUGCGAGCUACAGCAAACCCUUCAACAACCUGCUCGAUGGAACUGUGCGCAAAAUCGACGGCUGCUUUGGCGAGUACAUCAUGGACAAGUGGGCGGGCGUGCAGCGCUAA